UGAGUGGAUAUAGGGUUUCAGCCCGUCCAUUGCAGUUUGCUCUGCUAAGGUGAUGCGCAGGUCGGCCAAAAGAAAAAGAAUGUCGCGGUCAUACCAAGAUUCCGCAGCGUUUGGCAGCGACCAUAUCCGGGUGUCUCCAGUGAGCAGCGGUCGCAGGCGCCGAUCAGAGAUCGCCGGCUGUUUGAGGGAAAAAAAACUUGAUCGGAGAUGGAGGCGUUAACGGAGCCUGCUAUAUACGAGCCUGACCAUUGGUGGCAUGUCUAGUUUUGGAAUAUUGAGGACCACGCCCACCUCAGCACCUGACAUUGGCUGUGCGUUCUAUUUAUGCUUCGGCACGACUCUGCCGAGUUACCUAAGUUCUCCAUUCUUCAGCCGGAAGAAAACUAGCGGAGAUUAUUUCAUCAUAUCUGUCAAUGGAGGAUGAUUUGAUUAAUCUACCGGAGAAUUGGGAGGGAGCUCCCAUUUUUUUUAAUGACGUUUUUCUUGCUGUUGUGGGGAAAUUGGGUAAUGGCAAGAGUUCAGUAGCAAACAGCAUUCUUGGAAAACGAGCCUUCAUUUCUGAUGAUGGUGUGCAUAUGAUAACACAUGCUUCUAAAAUGAAAAGCACUAUUUUGAAGGACGGGCGUCAUGUUCAUGUUAUUGACACUCCUGGAUUAGUUAAUUUUUCAGCUAGUCCUGAGUUCGUUGGUAGAGAGAUAGAGAAGUGCAUAGAUCUGGCCAAGGAUGGUCUCCAUGAUGUACUCAUGGUAUUCACUAUGUGUGCCCGCUUUACAAAGGAGGAAGAGAAUGCUAUCCGGUAUUUAAAAAUCUUCUUUGGUGAUAAGAUUGUUGAAUACUUGAUUGUAGUUCUUGUUGGUGGGGAUGUACUUGAAAAGAAGAAGAUAACUUUCAGUGAGUGGAUUAAAGAUUGUCCAGAGCCACUAAAGAACUUAAUUCUCCUAUGUAAUAGGAGAGUUGUUAUUUUUGAUAACAUCACCAAGGAUGAGGUUAAAAGAGAGAGGCAAGUGAAACGGUUGAUCUCUCUUAACGACUUUAUUGUUGCGAACAAUGGAGGAAAACUUUUCACAAGACAAAUGUUUGCAGAAGCUAAGGAAGGAGCAUUGUGCCGACAACAAAAGCAAAAAGAGAACAAAGAUAAUCCAGAAUGCUCGACGAAGCAUUUAUCUAAACAGAAGGAAAAACUUGAUAAAUCAUUUGAUGAUGAGUUCAUAGGCACAUCAGAAGUGGUACAUCGCGAUUUGUAUGAAAAAAUACAAAAGUUGGAGACGAAUUUGAGGCAAGAGAAAGCUUCAAGACUGAAAUUAGAAGAGGAUGGAAAAACUUCAAUACAAGAAUUACAAAAGGCUAUGGAAAUAUCUGAUGAGAAGAUCCGAGAGCUCAAAGCAGAGCUAGAGUCGAAAUGUGAGUGUGUGAUACUAUGA